CUGAAAAUCACAAUUUGCGGCUGGGAAGUAUUUAGAUUUGGUUAAAGCUUUAUCGCAGCAACAAUGUUGUCAAGGUUAAUGAGUAGAUAUGCUACUGCUGUCUCUGUGCACAAUUGUCGUUUUGUUUCAUCCUCAACAAGUAAGUGGUGUGAUUAUGUUCCUAGCCCUAUUUUUAUAGAAUCAUGCAAGAGUUGGCCAACUGCUGUUAGUUUGUUUGAAUCCACGCUCUCUGUAGGUUGCUAUCCCAUAUCCCAUUAUAACUUUAUUUUAUCUUCACUUCUUCAAUUGGGCCGCUCCGAAACUGUUGUUUCCCUUGCUCAACAAUUGGAGGAGGUCAAAUACCGCAACAAUAUAUAUAAACGUGUUCUACCAGACAUUCAUACUUGGUCAAUCCUCAUCACAUGUCACUGUUUCCAUGGUAACAUGUCUUCGGCUAUCUGUUUAUUCAAUAAUAUCAUAAAAACUGGUCAUCCUCCUUCUUCUGAAACUUUGUAUGAUAUUUUCGAUGGUUUUUGCCGCAUAGGCAAGAUUCACAAAGCAAUCCUCUUUUAUAAUGACAUCGUACUUAAACAGGGUUUUCAGUUGGACAAUCGUACUUAUUCUAUUCUGAUCCAAGGAGUAUGUGAGAUAGGAGGAGAAACCCAAAUAGCCAUCCAGCUUUUGAGACAGGCACUACAGAUUAACAGUGGAAAACAAGAUGCUGGUUUUUCUUUCAAGCGCAUGUAUAACUCGAUCAUACUCAGACUCUGCAAAGAUAGACUUGCAAACCAAGCCUAUGAUUUAUAUUCUGAAAUGAUUCAUACUCACACCUUCAAGCCUGAUGUUGUCACUUACCAUCAUCUAAUCUAUGGCUAUUGCAUCCUCGGUCAAUUUGAACAAGCAAUUGCCUUGUUUAAAAAAUUCAAGGCAUCUCUACCAGAAAAAGUAUUCAAGGUAUCAAUCAACAUCCCUCCUACUCCUCCUACCCAAAGAGAGGUCAAAUCUGCUAAAACUGCAGUAGCUGUGAUGAUAAAAGGCGGUCUCAAACCUAAUGUUGCUAGUUAUCACUCAGUUGCUGAUGGAAUAUACAAUUUUGGAUCACGAAGACUUAUGAAUAAGAUUGCACAUAAGAUGGAAAGAUUGCUGCUGCUUCCUAAAUCUUUACUACGAUUUGAAGUUUAUUACUACGAUUUGGUGAAGUAUUGAUGCUACCUAAAAACC